GCGGGAAGUGUAAGUUUUUACGCCUCUGCUAAAGAAAAGAACUACAAAUAUAGCCUCUAAUGCUUGGAGUCUUCGAUCUCGACUUGCUACCACAAGAGCUUCCACAUACAACGAUAACAUCAUGUCUUUGUAGUGGUGCUGUAUUCACAGGCUCUCAACGGUCCAAGGGUAAAAAAUACAACGUUGAAGUGACAAUACAAGCAAGAUGAUACCUCUAAUAAUCAUAAUAUUUAUUCAGUAUGUUGAUAUGCAGCAAAAGAUGAUAUACGGAUUCAUGAAAAUUGAGAAUUUGACCCAGGAAUACCCCAGUCUGACUACAUACUUUGAAGGAGAGAUAAUCAGCAGAUUGCAUCCUUUCUUAACAGGUAAAUGGGAUGCUACAAUGGAAACAGAUGUCUUACACUGGGAAAAAAUACCUGCAACAAGCUCUUUAGGAAACUUUCACAUCGACAGUUUCGAUUAUUCUGUCUUGGAGAAAUCUGAUACCAUUUUUAUGAGAUGGAAGGAGAAGUUCAUUGUUCCUGAUCCUGGUUUGAAACACAUAGAAGGUGCAUCAUUUGCUGGAUUUUACUACAUCGGUUUGCAGAAAUCUAUUGGUCAUGUUCUAGGAUAUUACUAUCAUCUUAACUCAGAAAUGUUUCAAUCACUUGAACUGAAAUAUAAACCAGAGUGUACACCAUCGAUUUUUCAACUUCGUUGAGUAUACAGAUGUGCAAGUUUUAAUUUCAAUCACCUGAAGUACUUGAAAUGGUUUUUUACUGAUUGACCUAACUUAUUUAUCGGGCAGCACCUGUCAUUUCGGCAUUAGAAGAUAUUUCUUUUGUAUACUAACGGCAAGCAAUGCAUGGAUUCGGUAGUAUAUCUCCUACCUGAUGGUUACUUUAAAACUGUACAGUCCUGCGUAUUUUAUAAAAGAUCCUCUUUGUACAAUCUCUAUUAUAGCAAUAUAGUUCUACUCGA